GGAUCUCAUUAUGUCGUUGCAUCGAGUAAAUCUCUCGAUUCAAGAGUCUUACUCUCCCUCGUGGCAGUUAUGGGAAGGCGUGCGAGAGAUGGUAGGAAACUGGUACGAUGGCCUGCUGGAGACGCGCGAAAGCUUUCGCAAAACAAUUUAUAAUGCGCCUAAACUCGAAAUAAAGAAAACUACAAACAGUGAAGAAAGAACGGUAGAAUACAAUGCGAGUAUUGAUUUGCCGUCGGGAGGUCCGACGAGUCGGAGGAAUCUGGGGAAAGUCUGUUAUAGCGCGGAGACGAAAUGUUUGACUCUUGUCAACCACAAGACGGAGUUGGCGCGGAAGGUAUUGCUGUUGGGAUACACAAAUAAGCGACAAUGCGACGAGAAUAAGCGACAAUGCGACGACAUGAUUGGAGAGUUUGGCGAGGGAUUGAAAAUUGGGGCAUUGGCACUGUACCGAGAGGGAAGGAAAGUUACCGUUGAGACGAAAACAGAUCGGUGGUUUUUCACAGUUGAGCAUCACAAGAGCUUCAAAGAUAGUCGAGUGUUGACUGUCAUAGUAUCAGAUCGAAAUCAAACUGUUUGUGAUGAGUUAUGCGAAUUUCCUACUUGCCCUUUGCUAAAUCUUGGACCAGAAGACACAUGCACAACAAUAUCUCCUAUUACUGAAAAGGAAUGGGAGCAGCAGACUCAGAGGUUUCUCUUUCUUGAGCCACCGCUUGAUUCUGUCAACACAGAUAAAGGGCGUCUUAUGAUGGAUACUCAUCUAGCUGGGCAGCUGUAUGUUCGAGGCGUCUGGGUCACUGACAUGAAAACUGAUGAUUUGGUUGCAGGAGUGGAUUUUUAUAGAAUGAGACUGGACAGGGACAGACGAGCUGUUGUACACAAGAGUGAUAUUGACCAUCAGGUCAGCUCAUUGUGGACGGAAGCUAUAAAAAAGAAACCGGAGUGGGCCAGUCGUUACUACCAGUUGCUACACUCGGGAAGUUCAUGUGAUGUUCGUCAUGCAAGCUUGUACAUGGAUGAUGCCACUACCGCGUCACUGGUGGCAAAAGAAUUUUUCAAACAAAAUGGUCAGAAUGCUUUGCCUGUCAUCAACACUGCAACACACGACCUUCUGAAGAAGUUUAGUCAUGAUCUCAAGAAACAGGUGGUACUUUGCAAUCAAUCCUUGUUUGAUAUUCUUGUUCGAUCAGGAAAAGUCCAGACGGCAGAUUCACUGCUGGACCAACACAAAGUCAGUCAGCAAGUUAAAACACCGUUGGCAAAGCUGAACGAUGAUGAAAUGGGUGUUCUUCGCCGUGUGCAGGAUCUGGUCAACAUUGUUGACCCCAAUUUUAAUCUUUCUAGUGUAGACAUCAUUGAGACAGAAGAUCGAGAUUUGAGAAUGACAUCGGCUAGUCGAAUUGAAAUUCCACAUUGGAUGCUGGAUAAAGCUAGAGUGGCAGUGUUUUUCCCAAAAGCUGCAACAGAGGACUUUGAGUUGUGGAGGGAAGCUCAGCUUGCUAGUUGGAUUCUUAGCAGGGUGAAGUUAAGUCAAGAUUGGUUGAAUGGACGAGCUGAUUUUAGUGUCCAGGGUGCUGGCAUUGUCUUUGCAGCUCUGGCUACUCAAUCUCACGGAAAGGCAAAACCAUUUUGCUAUGAUCACCACAAGUCUGGUGUACAAGAAGCAGACAAGUCUAUGUGGAUCCAGAGAGAGGCAAAGAAAGACAACCAUAUCCAAAAACUACUUAUGGAUAUGCACGGGCAGGAAGAGGAACAUCGACAAACACUGAAUGAACUAAUGUCUACAAAACGUUCACUGGAGAAGCAGCUGCGUAGUAAAGAACAUCAACAUGUAGAUGUUCGGCGAGAACUGGAGCACCGCUAUCAACAACUUUUGGAUAAGAAGCUUGAAGAAGCUGAGGCAACUGUUCAAGAGUCAAGACGUAUGCAGAAAACGCUGGAAGAAAACAAUGAAACGUUAGCAAAGAAAAAUACAUGGGAAAAAGAGCAGUAUGAUGAAAUAAAGGUCAAACUGGAGAAGGAAUCUAUUCGAAGGAGAACUACAGAAGAUCAUCUAAAGAAUUUAAUGUUGCAGCUGAAACAGCAGCUACGUGUUAGACUGGAGGAGUAUAUACAAGAAAUGAACAGAGCAGAUGACCAUCGAAACGACAAAGUGUUGAAAUUUCUUAAAGAAAUUGCUAAUAAACUCAAGGAACUGGAAGAGAAGAAAGACAUUACGUGUGUCGUUUGUAAACAGAACGACAAAUCUCAUAUACUGGUACCUUGUGGCCACUUCUCUUUUUGUGAGGGUUGUGCGGAAACACUCUGUACAGCGCCAGCUGAGCAAGACCGAAAAUGCCCCGUAUGUAGAGAACAUGUAGAAAAGUCAUUCAAAGUAUUUUCUUCUUGAUCAGCUAGUUUGACUUUUGUUUUCUAUUAGCCAUUUUGAUUAACGUCUUUUUAGUCAUUCUUGGAAUCUUCGGACAUAUCUAUUGUUGUUGUUGCUAUAUUUGACUAGGAGGCGGGGUACUCGCUGGUUGCGGUUGGACUGUUACCAUAAACGGAUUCCUUGUGUGCGUGAUA